GCACCAUUUGAACGGAAGAGGAGAGAGAGAGAGAGCUAAGGAAAUUCAGGCCAUUUGGACGAUUUCCAUGCAAAUGGCUACCACCUCUCUAAUUGGCUUCAUAGCGAUUUCGUUACUAUUUUUAUAUAUUAUAUUUAUCCAUACGUUAUCAGAAUUUUUUGAUAUAUGAUGUAAUUGAAGAAAUUAUAUUUAAUACAGCGAUUAAAAAUUCGCAAUGCAGAGGUACAUUGUUACCUUCUUCAUUCUCAUAGUUAUGACAGUCAACCAGAUGAGGACAGCUGGCAGGAAACGUAAAGAUAAGGAUGGAGAAGAACUAAGAAAUCAAGAUGUUGUAUUCAUAUCGUUUCUGAAUAAAGAAGAUAUUAGAAAUCAAUCACUCAAGGAUGAAAGUUCUUUCUAUGCCGAUUUAGAAAAUUUUGGUAACAUCGAAUUGGAAGGAAACAAAGUAACAAUAGUGGUUCCAGUUGAAGAAAUAAGAAGAAGAAAACGAAAAGGAUGUAGAAAUAAUUGCAGAAAACAUAGUAAAACAAGUACUACACAGAUGCAAAGCAAUCAUACGAGAAGACAGAAUACAGAUAGUAGUUUAUCAUUACUUAAACCACACGGAAAUCCAAUAGUAAUCAUGAAAGCAGAAAAAUUCAGGAAAGAUUGGUGCCGAACGGAAAGAGUUAAACACAAAAUAAGCGAACAAGGUUGUAAAUCGAAAAUCAUUACGAAUAACUUCUGUUAUGGUCAAUGUAAUUCUUUCUUCAUCCCACGACAGAUAAGAGGAAGAAAAGAUCUGAAUAACUUUCGUUCGUGUUCGUUUUGUCAACCCUCCAGUUCUAGAUGGAUUAGUGUAAUCCUUCAUUGCCCACAACUUGUACCACCAUAUAGGAAGAAAAGAAUAUAUCGAGUCGAUAAGUGCCACUGCAGUACAAAAAACAUCACGUAAUCGUGAUGUAAUUUUAGUCAUAAGAUUUUGUUUUAUGUGACAUGUUUUAGUGUCAAAAAAAAGAAUUUGUUAUACUACUGUUAAUAUAUAUAUUGACUUCCACCCCCC